AUGCUUGUCGAAUCUCUUCUGAUAGUUUCCGCGAGCAAGAACGCAUUUCUUGCGUUCGCCGGCAUCGUGACGGGUGUCGCCGCAUGGUCUAUCUUUGGAGGCGAAGUGUUUCCUCAAGACCAGGCUGACCCAAAGGGCAACCCGGAAGAAUGGACUCGCGAGGAGAUGCGCAGAUGGCUUGCCCUGCGUAAUCUUCAUCCACAAGAUUCGGACACCCGGGAGCAGUUACUGGAAAGGAUCCAAGCGAACUUGAGAAUCCCAAGACAGUGA